GAUGAGCCUGGAGCCAAGAUACUCUCGAAGAAGGAGAAGGAAAAGCUGAAGAAAGAGAGAGAAAAGGCCAAAAAGAAAGCACAGGUAGCUGCAAAGAAGGCUGCUGAAGGAGAAGGCGAGGAAGCUGCGGGGGGAAAGACGGAUGCCAAGAAAAAGAAGAAGAAGAAGGGAAAGAAAGACGACGAGCCCGCCCCAGCCCCCGCACCGGCGCCUGCUGCUGGAAAGAAAAAGGGGGCCAUCAGCGCGCUCAAGGCCAUAAUGGAAGAAAAGAAAAGAUUGGAGGAAGAGGCGCGACGCUUGGCAGAGGAAGAGAGGAAGCGGAUUGAGGAGGAGGAGAGGAGGUUGGAAGCAGAGGAGCGCAAAAAAGAAGAAGAAAAGCAGCGUAGAAAAGAGAAAGAAAAGUUGAAGCGUGAAAUCGCGAAGAAGGAGGGGCGCCUACUUACAAAGAAGCAAAAAGAAGAAAAACAGAUGGCCGAAAUUCGCAAACAAGCUCUUUUGGCUUCUGGGGUACAGAUUGAGGGUUUACAGCAACAAUCAGGAAAUGGUCCGCCGGCACCAAAGAAGGUUGUUUACGGGAAUCGUAAAAAGAAAGGUCCAGGUGCAAAAGACGCAUCUCCCGCUCCAGAAUCGAGACCUCGGUCACCAGAGCUUGCCUCGCCCAUAUUACCAGUCGCAGAGGAAGUGAAACCAAACGCUGAUGAAGACCUAAAGUCCGACUGGGAGGCGAGCAGCGACGAAGAAACGAAAGCUGCCGCGGGAGUCAAAGAUUCGUGGGAUGCCUCAAGUGACGAUGGAGAGGCUUCUCCCGAACCAGCCAAGCCCAAUAAGAAAUUGGAUGAAGAGGAAACGUCGUCGUCCGAAUCAGAGAAUGGCUCAGGAGAUUCGGAGGACAGCGACUCUGACGAUGAUUCCGAAGAUGAAUCUUCUUCGGAUGAGGAGCUGACCACUGCUCAGAAGAUGGCAGCUCAACGAAAAGCCGAUGCUGCUGAGCGACGUGCUAAGGCACAUGAAUUGGCUUUGGCUGCGCGGAAUAAGGACGAUUUGCGCAGCCCCAUUUGUUGUAUUCUUGGACAUGUUGAUACUGGCAAGACUAAAUUGUUGGACAAGAUUCGUCAAACCAAUGUCCAAGAAGGGGAAGCCGGUGGAAUCACCCAACAAAUCGGAGCCACCUAUUUCCCAGUAGACGCGAUCAAGACGAAAACUGCAGUUUUGAACAAGGAUGGACAACAGGAGUACAAAAUUCCCGGGCUAUUGGUCAUUGAUACACCCGGUCAUGAGUCUUUUACAAAUCUUCGUUCUCGCGGUAGCUCGUUGUGUAACAUUGCUAUUCUCGUUGUCGAUAUCAUGCACGGACUGGAAGCCCAAACAUUGGAAUCCCUGCGUUUACUGAGGGAUAGGAAGACGCCUUUUAUUGUUGCUCUCAAUAAGAUCGAUCGCAUAUACGGAUGGACUCCUACACCCGAUGGUGCUUUCCGCGAGUCCUUGGAGAAACAAAGCCGUUCGGUCCAGCGGGAGUUCGAGGACCGUGUUGCGAAAACCAUCCUCGCGUUCGCAGAAGAAGGUCUAAACGCCUGUCUGUACUACGAAAACAAAAGCUUCGCGCGCAACGUUUCAUUGGUUCCGACGUCAGCGAUCACGGGAGAGGGAGUUCCCGACAUGAUCAUGCUUCUCGUCAAUCUCACUCAGCAGCGGAUGAGCGACCGACUAAUGUACUUGUCUGAGCUCGAGUGCACUGUUCUCGAGGUCAAAGUUAUCGAAGGCUUGGGCACGACAAUUGACGUCGUCCUUUCGAAUGGUAUUUUGCAUGAGGGGGACAGAAUCGUUGUUUGUGGACUCAAUGGCCCAAUUGUAACGCAAGUUCGGGCACUGCUAACCCCUCAGCCACUCCGAGAGCUGCGAAUUAAGUCUGCGUAUGUCCACCACAAAGAAGUCAAGGCAGCAUUGGGUGUCAAGGUCACAGCUCCCGAUCUGGAGAAAGCUAUAGCUGGUUCGCGCCUGCUUGUGGUCGGACCUGACGACGACGAAGAAGAUCUCAAGGAAGAGGUUAUGUCGGAUUUGACUUCUCUCCUGAACAACAUCGACAAAUCUGGUCGUGGUGUUUGUGUUCAAGCUUCCACGCUUGGGUCACUGGAGGCUCUCCUAGACUUUUUGAAGACGAGUAAAAUCCCUGUCUCGGGUAUCAACAUCGGACCCGUGUACAAGCGGGAUGUCAUGCGCGCGGGUACCAUGCUGGAAAAAGCGAAAGAACUUGCCUGUAUUCUCUGUUUUGAUGUCCCUAUUGAUAAAGAAGCAGAACGGCUGGCAGAGGAGAUGGGAAUCCGACUGUUCAAAGCCGACAUUAUUUAUCAUCUUUUUGACUCUUUCAAGGCCUACAACGACGAAAUCACUGAGGCCAAAAGGAGAGAUGCCGCCCCCCAAGCUGUGUGGCCCUGUCGAUUGAAAAUCAUAGCCACUUUCUGUAAACGGGAUCCGAUUAUUCUUGGAGUCGAUAUUCUAGACGGAACCCUGAGGGUUGGCACGCCCUUGGCUGUCGUCAAGAUUGAUCCUGUGACAGGCAAAAAAGACAUUAUUGAUCUCGGAAAAAUAACAUCAUUGGAAAUCAACCACAAGAACCAAGACAUUGUCAAAAAAUCGCAAGCUGGAGGAGGUGUAGCGGUCAAGAUCGAGCAUGCUGUAUAUCAAUCUGCGAAGAUGUUUGGACGCCAUUUCGACGAGAAGGAUGAACUUCUCAGUCAUAUUACACGGCCAAGUAUCGACGUUCUUAAGACUUCGUUCAAAGUUGAUGUAUCGAACGAAGAGUGGCUCCUCAUUCGUGCCCUGAAACCCGUGUGUAGAAUGCCUUGA